AUGACACCAAAAGUCUGGCUUGUCACCGGUGCAUCUUCAGGCCUCGGGGCCGCAAUCGCCGAGGCGGCCCUUCAAGCGGGCCACUCAGUGAUCGCCACGGCCCGCAACCCCACCAAAGCAGCGGAAGCCAACCCGCAAAUUUCCAGCCUGGGCGGCACUUGGAUCAAGCUUGAUGUAACGAGCUCCGAUACCGCCAGAGCAGUCGAAAGCGCGAUUAAUCAAGCGGGUGGUGUGAUUGAUGUGGUUGUCAACAAUGCCGGGUAUUCCUUGCUUGGCAGCAUCGAAGAUAUGAGCGAGGCCGAAAUCGAGACUCAAUUCAGCACCAACGUCUACGGUCCCGUUCGUGUGUUGAAGGGUGCCCUUCCUCUCAUGCGGGCCAGGAAAUCUGGCACUGUUGUGAAUAUCAGUAGCAGUGCUGGGAUUGAUGGACUGCCCACAUGUGCCAUAUACGCCGGGACGAAGUUUGCUCUUGAAGGCAUGUCUGAAAGCCUUGCGAAGGAGCUAGCGCCAUUCGAUAUUCGAGUCCUUGUCGUCGAGCCAGGAUCACUUCGGACCAACUUCUGGACAGCCUACGUUGAGCCAGCCGCCGGUAUGAAUGAAGGAUAUACUGGGACACCCUUGGAGAAUGUCCUUGAUGCAUUCAAGUCGAACAAGGGAAAACAGCCUGGCGAUGCCGUCAAAUGUGCUCAGAGAAUUCUGGAAGUCAUAGACGGCACAGGGAUGGGUGCUGGGAAGGGUGAACUGUUUCGGUUACCUCUGGGCUCGGAUUGCUACAAUCGCUUCCAAAAAAAGAUCAACAACUUGCAGGAUAACCUACUGCAAGCGAAGGACAUUGCCCAUUCAACUAGUUACUCAUGA